AUGAAUAACAGUGCCAACAUCGCAUAUCACUCCGAGAACACUUCCGGUAACACGACCAACAGUACUCCCGAUGGACAUGUAAGUGACAUUUCUAUACAUAACGGACAGUAUUCUCAUUUUCACAAACUGCCGAAACUUACGCUACCUAUAUUUACCGGCAACAUUUUAGAAUGGCAGACAUUUUGGGAUUCGUUUGAGUCAAGUGUGCACAAUAACGUAUCUUUAUCUGACGUACAGAAGUUCACAUAUCUGAGAUCUUUACUCCACGACGAUGCAGCUAGAGUGAUUCAGGGAUUUCCGUUAACGCAUUCAAACUAUACACAAGCAGUUGCGUUACUGAGAGAACGUUUCGGACAGGAACACAAGAUUAUAAACGCUUACAUGCAGUGUUUAUUAGAUUUACCCCGUCCUUACUCUGACAUUAAUAGUUUACGAAAUUUUCAAGAGAAAAUGGAGUCAUAUAUUAGAGGAUUGCAGUCACUUGGUCAAGGUCAAGACUCUUACGGUAAUUUACUUGUCCCUGUGGUAUUAGAGAAACUUCCUGCUGAAAUUAAACGCAACAUGACUCGUGACCAUGGAAACAGUAACUGGCAACUUCCGGAACUACGACAAGCAUUGAAAAAGGAGAUCGCUAUUCUGGAGUCAGGUCAAUCUUUACAUACAGGUGAAGUUCAUAACGCUACCGCUUCAUUCCUUACGGGGACACGAUUUCAUCCGAAUGGGGCACGCAAACAGCAGACGACAAAUGAAAAGAGAGCGGAACGUCCGAGAUGUCCUUUUUGCGGCGACCAUCACUUAGCAAAUGACUGUAGGAAGGUAACAAAUACUGUUGAACGUAAGAAAAUUGUUAAAGAGAAAAAGUUAUGUUUUAAUUGUCUAGGACGCCACCAAGUAGCUACAUGUAAAUCGAACCAUCGAUGCCGUUUUUGUCAGCGAAAACACCACACUAGCAUCUGUGACAGUAAUCCCCAGCCAUUAACCCCACAUAGUAAUUUGAAUGCUACAGCCCCAAGUUACACUCCAGGUUUAAGAGAUCAAGCUACUUCCGGUUCCAAAAUCAUUUCCGGUUCCAGUGAUCAGUCCGCAAUACUACAUUCUACUACACAUUCUAGACCUAAAGUUUUGUUGAAAACCGCUGUUGCGAAAGUAACAUCUGGAGUUGCAUCUGGUAACCUUUGUACAGAUGUUAAUAUUUUAUUUGACGAAGGGGCACAGAGGUCAUUUGUAACAAAGGAACUUGCAGAAAGACUCGAACUCAGAAGAACGGGAACAGAAGUCGUAGAGCUUGCAGCAUUUGGUUCAUCUUCAAAGAAAGUAAGUCAUAUUGAUACCGCAACAGUAUAUUUAUUAACUGAUACCAAAGAAAAGAUAGCUAUAGAUGUCCUGAUUGUCCCAACUAUUUCCGUCCCCUUAAGAAACGUACAACAAGCCACAACAGCACUUCCGUAUCUUCGUGGGCUUAAACUUGCGCAUCCGGUUACAGAUGACGACACUUUCAAUAUAUCACUUCUGAUUGGUGCAGAUAAGUACUGGGAUAUUGUCAGUAAUAGAGUGAUCCGUGGUUAUGGUCCCACAGCUGUCCAGUCCAAGAUAGGAUACUUGCUUUCCGGUCCUCUUCCGGUUUCUUCUACUGAUACCGCUACAGGCUGCAUAUUAAAUGUAUUAAUAUCUAAGCCAGAUACACAUGACCUAGAACGUUUCUGGAAGUUAGAGUCUCUAGGUAUUCAGCCUGAAAAAGAAGAUGAAACUACCUCCGACUACCUGGCAACAUAUCAGGAAAAAUGCAUUGAAUUCAAAGACGGACGUUAUUCAGCACAGUUACCAUGGAAACGUGAUCAUCCGGUGUUACCUGACAAUUAUAACAUUGUUCUUAAAAGAACGGAAAAUACAAUCCGACGCCUACGACAAGAUACGAACAUGUUACAGAAGUAUGGCCAAAUUAUUUCAGAACAAGAAAAUCGAGGCUUUAUCGAGAGAGUUACAGACGACAAUAUAGAUAAAAGAGUUCACUACAUCCCACAUCACGGUGUGAAAAAAGAUUCAGCCACCACCCCAAUCCGAAUAGUAUAUGACUGUAGUUGCCGCCAAAAUAAAGAUUCCCCUAGUCUGAACGAUUGUUUAGAAUCAACAUCCCCGGAAUUAAAUGACUUAACCAAUAUACUUAGUCGAAAAUCCCUACCCCAUAUAAUGAUAUCAGACAACGCAACAACAUUUAACGCAGCAGCAAAUACUAUUCAAAAACUCAUGAGAUCAACGGCAGUUAAUGACGCUCUACACAGCCAUGGUACUGAAUGGAGAUUCAUACCUAAGCGAGCACCAUGGUUUGGCGGUUGGUGGGAGCGACUUAUUGGACUAACAAAAACCACCAUCAAGAAAGUUUAA